GAGGGAGAGAGAGAGAGAGAGAGAGAGAGCAUUCUCACUCUCUGUGGCUCCGUAACAACUUGACGAGCUCAGAAAAAGAAGAUGAGAUUCACUCUUUUCUUCCAGUUACUUGUCUGUUUUUCCCACCUGUGGAGAUUAAUGAGCCUGAAUAUGAUAUAUGGUCGUAAUUACACUUUGGAGUGUUUGAACGAUUACCUCUUCACUAUCAGGUGUGAGCUGAACAUGACCUCCCAGCCAGAACCCCAGGAUGCCCUCUACUGGCUGGAAUUCUCCAAUAACGGGGAGUCCUUCGAGUGUAUGUUAACGUCGCAGGCAUACCCAUGGGUGUGCGUCCUGAACCUGUCUACAAGGGUUGAAGACACGUUCAUGGACAUAGACAUCUUUCAGAUCUCGCUUUGCUAUAGUGUCCAUGGCAACAAAAAAUCAGCAGUGCUAAAGGAAGACUACAUGCCCGUAAACAACAUUCAGCCUGUACCUCCAUCGAACCUGAUGUUGCUAUGGAAACCAGAUGAGGCUGUUUUCCAGUGGCUCAGCGGCUAUAAUGAAGAAAUAAUGCUCGCCCCAUACCUGCACUACCAACUCAGCAUACACGGAAAUGACAAGGUGUUCAAUGUCACCUCCAGUCAAACCAACAUGUCAGUGCCGAGGUCCAGGUUCACACCUAACACCUACUACACAGCACGCGUGCGGUCAGAGCCUCAGAACUUCUACAAAGGCGUUUGGAGUCACUGGGGUCCCGCCAUUUCCUGGAAGACUGAACACACUCAUAAGUCCAACAAUAUGUUUUUACGAUACGUUUGGUUGACUCUGUUCUUACUGCUCAUGAUGUUGCUCUGCUACUUCUCAUACACCAGGUGGAAAAGGUGUGUAAUGGACCCAAGUCCUGCUCCUCAUAUUGGAGAAUUCAAAUGUCCAGUGAGGCUGCCGGAGAAUGAGCUGCUCCAGAGGGAGGAGUCUCUACAGAUUGACAGCUUGACUGAAGAGCUGAAGGGCUGUGAAAAUAUGAGUAACGGUAACGACACUUCAGGCUGCUCCUCCUUUACUGGCUCGCCCACAUCUCCCGGCAUGCUUCAGUCCUCUCUGGAUUCAAAGCUAAGCAUAAACAGCUGGACGCAGGUUUUGAUGUCAGGAGAGAAAGGGAGUGUGACGUACAGCGAUGACUACUGCACGUUCUCACACACCCUGAGUGAACAUGCUGUUAACACACACAUAAGCUAAACAGGACACCCAUGCAUUCUGAACGACCGAAGAUAAGCUAGGAAAUGUUAACCUCUAACACACCUUUAUUUUACGAUGACACAAAUCAGUAAAUAGUUGCUUGAUUAAAAGAAGACAAUUCGGAUUUUGAAAUGAAGGCAUUUUUCCGUGAAGCGUUUUCUUACAUCAUCACGUUUCCAUCAGAGCUUCAUGCUGCUCAGAGAAAAGUAACACAAUUCAACUCCCUGUUGUACACUCCUACUGCGAAUCCAUCCACAAGCUCCAGAAUCCUGACAGUUUUUUCCUGAAUGAAGAAAGGAACAAUCCUACCUGCUCUGGAAAGGAAAGAAUGUCAAAACCCGCUGUUCCCAAAGGGAUUCUGAACAAUCUUGCGAACUCCUAAAGCAAUUCUGAACAAUUCCACUUGCUCCCAAACAAUUAUGAAAAAUCCUAUCUGCUCCCAAAGGAAUUCUAAACAUUCUUCCUUAAUUCAACUUGAAUUCUGAACAAUCAAAAAGGAGUCAAAAAGGAAUCCUGAAACGUCUCAUCUGCUCCAAAAUUAGAUCAGAACAAUCCUAUUGGCUCUCAAAAGGAAAUCCGAACAACCUUGCUUACUUCUGAAGGAAUUCUGUACAAUCUUGCUUACUCCCAAAAGAAUUCUCGAAAAAUCCCACAUGAUUUCUGAAUUUUACUGGCUCCUCAAAGGAAUUCUGAAAAAAUCUCAAAGGAAUUUUGUACAAUCUUCCUGUUUGAAAAUAAAUUCUGAACAGUUCCACCCCUCCUUUAAAAGAAUAACAAGCAAUCCUAUUCCUGAAUUUUUUGUGUGUAUAUGUCUCUUAUCAUAAUAUAUAUAUAAUAUAAUACAAGAUAAUAUCUUAUCACAUACUUAUUAGUUCUCUCACUCACUCCAUCUCAUCAUAUACAGCUUUUUCCUGCACACAGGGGGGCCUGGAGGCUAACCCAGGAAACUCAGGGCAUGGGGUGGGGUACACCCUGGACGGGGUGCCAAUUAAUCACAAGACACACAUCUUCACACGCUCAUUCACACACUACGGCCAAUUCGGGAACGCCAAUAGGUCUAAUUUGCAUUUCUUUGGACUGUGGAAGGUAACCAGAGUACCAGGAGGAAACCCACCAAGCACGCAUUAAACAAGCAAGAAGAAGAAAUGGACAACAAGCAUUCAUGUGCCAUUCUAUAACAAAUUACGUUUGUAAUUUUUAGCAAAUUCCUGAGGAAUUUUCUGUACUUUUAAUUUACUUUACGAUAAAAUCAUGCCCCAAGUGUUAAUUCCUUGGAUAUUUGCCGUAUAGUUUUGGAAGUCGAAGAAGGUCUAGCUUUAAGAAAAGAUGUGUCUGAAAAUUUCCCAUGUUGGCGAUUUCUGUAUAUCAAGAAUGUGUUUGUGCAUUGUGACUUUGUUUGCUAGUGGGGUUUAUCCAACAUUAGCUAGGAUUAGCCUGAUACUUUUGAUAUUUUUUUAUGAUCUAUCAGUUGUAGACUUUACUUUGAAAUUUUUUAAGUAAAAAUGCACGAAAUAGCAUGAGAAAUUUAACCUUCUCAAUGAUGACGUUUUAGACUAUUUUAUUUAAUCAUGUUUCAGAUUCAUGUAGUUGUAAUUCAUUUUAAACUGAAUGUACUUUAAAAUUCAUGUCCUGGGAUGUGCUGUUGCCAAGUGCAAUUUUGAUCUAACAAAUGAUCUCUGUGGGAGAUCUUAAGGUUUCUGUCUUAGAAUUUAAAUUUGAAGGUCAAGGUGAAUGUUUUUUCCACCCCCUAGUCUGACAGUGGUAAUUAUGUUCAUUCCUAAUUACGUCAAUUAGGAAAACUUUCAAAAAGCUAUAAAGUGGAACCUCGGAUUACAAGUAUAAUUCGUUCCAAAAGUGAGCUGGUAUUCCAAAACACUCGUAAACCAAAUUUAAUUUUCCCAUAAGAAAUAAUGAAAACUUAAAUUAUUCGUUCUACACCGAAAAAAAAAAUACAUAAAAAUAAUUAAUACAAAAUAUAAAGUAAAAAUAAAACAAAUUAACCUGCACUUUACCUUUUAAAAAAGUAAAAAAUAAAUCGCGGAAAAUAAGUGUUUCCGUUUGUGCACACAAGCGCUGUGUAUGUGUGUGUGUGAGGCUAGAGUAAGUAAAGACUCUUUUAGCUUUUAGCCCCUCCUGUCUCCCCCUUCUCAUCUUACACAUAAAACUUUUUCCUCUCGUUUAAACACACUCACACACAUUAACGGAAAGACUGUUGUUCUCUGCUAAAUUAUUAAAGCUUCUCCGCUUUAUUUUAAUGUUGCUCGCGACAGCGUAACAGCCCGUUAAUUCAUGCUCGUGUAAUGAUGAGAUGGACAAACUGGUCGAUGCCCAUUUUUUUAUUUGCUGCAUUGUCGGCUAAAGUACAAACUUUCGGGUGGAUCCUGCACUUAAAUCCAACAAAAAAAAACUACUGAAGAACAAAAUUAAGGCUCUAUAUCCUGGCUUACAUCUCCCAUUGGCGUUUACACACAGCGGACUGCAUUACCCACAAUGCAUCUCCCGCACUGGACUACACUUCCCUCUCUCUCCUGCUACACUGUUUUAUCUGAAAAUUAGCAAUAAACAUCGCUAAUGACACUCGUGUGAGCGCAAACGAACAGAAUCACUGCUGUAAAGUAAAACAAACAAACAAAUGAUCCAGCACCUCACCUCUGAAAAGAUUUGCGACAGAGCAGAGUUUUUUCAGAGAGCAGAGUGUGUGUCUCUCGCCUUAAUUUCUGUGCGUGUGUGUUUUUGAAGGGGGUCACACACACAUAGCCGGCACAGUGUCAAAUUACGCUUGCGCACGCACCGCGAUGAGGAAAAAAAUUGAUUUUUAACCUCUGUAUUGAGAAUUUCUUUUGCUUUACUCAUGCGCACACACGUGUGUUAUAAGAAACAGUAUAGUAAACAGUUAUAGUAAACAGUACACGCGUGCACGGAUGUUGAUUACACCAGUAAGAGAUGAGCACUAAGCAGGGGAGACGAUGUCGCAGCGCAAGAGAGGGAAAAAUGUUGCUCAGUUUUGAUCAUGUGACACUCGGGGUCAAAACAAGAAGCGCAUGUGAAACAUAUGCUCAGUGCUCGUUAACCAAGACAAUGCUCGUUUUUCAAGUAAAAAUUGAAUAAAAAUCUUUGCUCGUUUUGCAGAACACUCGUAAACUGUGUUACUCGUAAUCUGAGGUUCCACUGUGUUAAUAAUAUCUUAUUAUAUUUUAUUAUUUUUUAGUUUCUGUUCUUCAGAGUUGCUCUCCAUCUUUAAAAUAUGGCAUGAUACAAAACAAGCCAUAAAGUCUGGGCAUAUAGGCAUACAUUUUUAAAGUAUAAAUUACGCUGAAUUUGGUCUGCGCCAAUUUGCAUAAACUUAAGAACAUUAUUUUUAAAAAUCUCAAAAGAAAGAAAAGGUCAAGUGGGACCAGUGGUUCUAUUGGAUUUUCGACUGUAAGUUUUGAACCCAUCUUGGGUAUUAAAAAACCUAAACAAAUACAGAGGUGAUCAGUCUGUGGCACUGUUAAGGUGUUAUGGAAUAUGGAAAACCAGGUUGCUCUGAUAGCGGCCUUUAGCUCUUCUGCGUUGUUGGGUCUGAUGUCUCGCAUCUUCCUUAUCACAGUAAAACUGCCUGGUAGAUGGCUGCACUAAUCUUGGACCUGAUAAAACACAGUGGACCAACUUUAGCAGAUAACAUGAUGACAUCCCCAAACCACCGACUGUGCAAACUUUGACCUCAAGCAGCUUGGGUUUUGGCAGACUCUGGGACCCUUGAUUUCCAAAUUAAAUUCUUAAUUUACAUUCAUCUGAAAAGAGGACUUUGGCUCACUGACCAACAGCCUAGUCCUUUUUGUCCUUAGCCCAGAUAAGACGCCUCUGAUUUUGUCUAUAUUGAUUCAAGAGUAGCUUGACACAGGGAAUGUGACAGAUGUAGCCCAUGUCCUGGAUACGUCUGUGUGUGGUGGCUCUUGAAGCGCUGACUCCAGCUACAGUCCACUCCUCAUGAAUCUCCCCCAAAUUCUUGAAUGGGCUUUGUUUUAAAUUCCUUUCAAGGGUGUGGUUAUCCCUGUUGCUUGUGCACCUUUCAUUCAAUAGCCAACCUAUUUACCCAGACUGAGAGACCAUUUAAAGGCUCAUGAAACCUUUGCAGGUGUUUUGAGUUAAUUAGCUGAUUAGAGCGAGACACCAUGAGUCUCCAAUAUUGAACAAUAUACAAAUUUUUAGAGAUACUGAAUUAUGGGUUUUUAUUAGCUACAAGCCAUAAUCAUUAAU